AUGCAGGAAGGAAACUCGCCCGACUUUAUGCAAGUAGUGAAGGGGCGCACGCAGGAGGAAGACGAGGACAGGAACGAAGACGAGGACGAGGACUUGGAUAUGAACGGGAUCGAUGAAGACGAGGACGUGGACCUGGACAAAGACGGAAACAACGAGGUGAAGGACCAAGAGAACGAAGGCCAGAGACAGACGCCAGAUAUCUGCGGCGUGGGAGGUCAACCGCGCCACGCCACGCAACCAACACAACACCACGCAACCAACACAACACCACGCAAGCAACACCACGCCUCGCCACGCUCAGAAAACAACCUUCAGCUUCACAUUGUGUCAGAUAUUCCAGAAGUGUCCAUUAUGUGA